CGAAGUGUGUCAUGUGAGGUCCUCGGGCAGUCAGUGUGCGCCUCCCUUUGUGCCUCUCCACUCAAGAUGGCUCCCGUUUUAGAGAAGAAGCUACUGGGCGCAGCCGGGACAGGCGACACUAUGGAAAACAGCAACGAGGAUGAUGAAGGACAAAACCUCUGGUCUUCAAUCCUCAGCGAAGUUUCCACACGCUCCAGCUCUAAAUUGCCUUCUGGGAAAAAUAUACUGCUUUUUGGGGAGGAUGGUUCAGGAAAGACAACACUCAUGUCAAAACUUCAAGGAGCUGAGCACAAUAAGAAAGGCAGAGGGCUGGAAUACUUGUACCUGAAUGUCCAGGAUGAAGACAGAGAUGAUUUGACUCGCUGCGGCGUUUGGAUCCUGGAUGGAGACCUGUACCACAAAGGCUUGCUGAAGUUUGCAGUGACUGCCGAGUCGCUGAAGGACAGUCUAGCGGUGUUCGUGGUGGACAUGUCACGGCCUUGGACCAUCAUGGAGUCAUUGCAGAAGUGGACGAGUGUGCUGCGUGAGCACGUGGACAAACUGAAGAUCGCACCUGAGGAAAUGAAAGAGAUGGAGCAGAGUAUGGUUAAGGCCUUUCAGGAGUAUGCAGAACCAGAGGAAUCCACGCCGGCCUCACCCCAGAGACGAGCUCCAGCAGCUGGGGGAGAAGAUGAGAGUGUGCUGCUGCCCCUGGGAGACAACGUCCUCACACACAACCUGGGCAUUCCAGUGCUCAUAGUUUGUACAAAGUGUGAUGCUGUCAGUGUACUGGAGAAGGAGCAUGACUACAAGGAGGAGCAUUUUGACUUCAUUCAGUCACACAUCCGGCGGUUCUGUCUACAGUAUGGAGCUGGUUUGAUUUACACUUCAGUCAAAGAGGAGAAGAACCUGGACCUUCUCUACAAAUACAUGGUGCACAAAAUAUAUGACUUCCAGUUUACUACGCCUGCCUUGGUAGUGGAGAAGGACGCUGUGUUCAUUCCAUCUGGAUGGGACAAUGAGAAGAAAAUUGCUAUCUUGCAUGAAAACUUCACAACGGUUCGACCUGAGGAUCCCUUUGAGGACUUUAUAACGAAACCUCCUGUACGAAAGUUGGUGCAUGACAAGGAAAUCAGUGCAGAGGAUGAGCAGGUCUUCCUCAUGAAGCAGCAGUCAUUGUUAGCCAAGCAGCCGGCCACACCAACAAGAGGAACAGAGUCUCCUGCCCGGACUGCAUCUGGUUCACCUCGGCCGACAGGCCGGACAGGGCCCACCAAUGUGGCUAGUGUCUCACCCAUGACUGCGGUGAAGAAACCAGACCCUAACAUGAAAGGAGCAGCAGCAAAUGAGGGAGUGCUGGCCAACUUCUUCAACAGUCUGCUGAGUAAAAAGACGGGUGUGCCGGGCAGUCCUGGGACACCAGGGGCGGCAACAGGAACAGGCGUACAAGGCUCUGCCAAGAAAACAGGGCAGAAGCCGGGUUUGACUGACAUCCAGGCAGAACUGGACCGAAUGACUCGUAAACCCGACUCAACGGUAACGGCCAACAACACCCCUGCAACAGAGAACGAGGCAUGAGAGCGCCAACAGCAUUGUCCACUCUGGAAAUCAACACGUAAUGACAUAAAGGAGCGAAAAAAAAAAAGCUAUUCAUGACCAAAAUUCCCCCCACCUUGUGUGUCAAUCAGCAAACAGACCGCGGUUUACUGAAAAUGUUGGGAUUCUGUCAGAUGUUUAGGCUCUGAUGUUGUGGGGGAAAGAGAGGUAGAUAUUUGAAAAGAUGCAACUGCUUUUCUUUGUUUUCAUUUCCAGACCCCUUUGUAUGUAUGUUUGUUUGUUUAUUUGUGGUGAUUAAUUUUUGGUGUGGCAUAGGGCAGAUCAGGUGAUGGGUGCUCUGUCCCUAAGGAGGCAGUCAAAUCUCUGAAGUGCGGGGCCUUGCUUAGCUUGGUGAUCCUUUAACGGCACCCAUUCUCCUCCUACUGACCAGAGCAGAAACGCACUGCUGCAUUCAACGAGCAGUCGCUUCAAGUGUUGCAAUCAGCUCCAACUACUGCUAAAAGCCUAAAUAUAUUCAUUGAAAACAAGAAGUACUUGCAAAAAGUAUAUAGUGUGUACAAACAGUUAGAUUUAUGCUGAUGUAUUUAUAAAAAAGAAAGCAAAUCAAGCUUUUAUUUUCUCUCUGUGUUUUAUCAGUGAGACGUUAAGCUUCACUUAACAUGGUUAACAUCACUGAUGUCAUGACACUAAUGACAUAUACCCAUUGGCCUUCAGCACACCGCCUCUUUGAAUUAUGUAAAUAUGUGCUAAAUAUUUGCUAUACGAGCUUUGAUUUGAUUUUGUAUAAAAUUGAAUUAUUUUAACAGUUUAUGAAGAAGACUAUUUCAGAUGAAACAAGCGUCGAUGAGUAUCAGGCUGAGCUUUUUCUUUUGGCUAUGGUUGUUUUUGGAGGAGAGGGGCUGGGCAGCAUCUUUCCUAGUAUAACUCCCAAGUGCCUGUGUCAUAGUGGAGCAGCUUGUCUCCAAAAGAGGAAUUGCACUGUAGCAUUGACAGUCAAUUUUCGGUCCAGAUUCAUGUAAUUUAUUUUUGGUUGUUUUAUUUUGGAAAUGCAUGUCUGUGGUCAUUACUUUUUUGCUGCAAUUACACAUUUUGCUCACUUCAGUGGCCUAGAUCUUUUUUUUUUUUUUUUUUUUUUGCUGCCAUAGGGAGCUUGCCUUUCUUUUUGUGAAUGUCAGCGUCCACAUUGAACGUGUUUAGUGAGACAUUUCGUCCCACCUCCCAGUUGGAAAUUGUGGCUUAAACCACUAGCGCCAUUCUCAUGUGGCCAUGUGAUAGACUGUAAGUCGUGUCUUUUGUUAGUCCUUACAAAUGAGAUCUCAGAUUUUUUGUUAUAUGUUACCUGAAGACUGUAAAGUGAUUUUCAUAAAACAUUCCCGAUUUCUGUAGAUGACCCUGUAGGCGACGCAUGCUUGUUUUGUGUGCCCUGCCUCAGUGCCCACUGGAAGUGACGACUUUGCCUUCAAUGUAGCGUUCACUGUUGUCACUCCACAUGCUCUGUCUCUUCACUCAGGGUAGUUCUGAGUCCAUACAACAGCCUUGUUUGUCUUCAUAGUAAAUUUCUCAACAUUUUCUUCCACUACUGAUACUGUAUCAUACUCCUGUUCCAAGCUAACUGUUUUUUUGUUUUUGUUUUUUGUCGCUGAAAAUGAAACUAAGUUAGUUGGUUUCAAUAGACAAAUCAUCCACAGACAUUGAUGUAAUGUUUUUUUCUAAGGUUUUUAACCUUAAUGUUGUAGUGGAGAAACCGUAAAUGGAGUGGCUUUUAAAUGAUCAUUACAUUUUCAGAUGAAAACGGAAAACGCAGAGAACUGGAAUCUGGAACCAAAGAUGUAGAAUCCACAUGUUAUGUCUGUCGAGUAGCUGCCCUAAAUUCCUCCCAGGUGGCCGCUCUUGGCUGAGCCCGGAGAAGCCAUCAUUCCAAAACGGAUCCUCUGCUUAUACUGUGGUGGUCUGUGUUCAAUGUCCAUUUAAAAAAAAAAAAAAAAAAAAAAAAAAAAUUUCCACUAGAGUUUGAAGUCUUUGUCCUUUUUUAAGCUCUUCAAGGGAAUAGACCACGAUAAGUGUAGGGUUUACUGUUGUUUUGCAUGAACUUGUGUUAGAAAUAUGAAAGGAAAUAUCUCAUACCAAACUAGAGAUAAGGAACUCGAAUGAAAUUUACAUUUAUGCUGCAUAAUGUUGUGUAACGGUUUCCAUUUACGAUGGGCAGGGCUAAAGCAUUUGCUGAUAUUCAAGCACAACAUUAAGUCUGGACUAUUAUACCUCUUGUUUUAGUGGUUAAGGUUUUUCAUGUAUUCAGAUUGUGUAAGAACUUAUUGGGGCUGCCACUAAUGAAGCUUCUGAUCACAUUUAACAUUCUACCUGCUUUCAAAUCUGCUCAUAUAAUCUUAAAUGCACUUAAGUAUUUCACUGCAUCCUCUGCAUUUGCUGUGUGACUGAAAUCUCACCGUAUAAAUAUCACUGACACAUUCCUGUGAACACAACUCAUUUCCCCCCUAAAAACUGAGUUUAAUAUUAUUUCAUGGCAUUGUAACUUUUACUGGAAGUGUUUAUUCAGCUUAGUUUAAUGAUCAAAAGUAACACAUUGUUAGCGAUUUAAACAUUGUUUUUUUUCCCUCCCUCCACAAAGUUUGACAGUUACUGAUUUUAAUAGUAGCUUGGUGCAAAUGUAAACAACUUAAUGGACUAAGAAAUUGAAAAACUAACAAGCUGCUCCUGAGAUGCCUGAAGUACUUGAAAAAGCUUCUUAACUCAGAACCCAUCUGUUUUCCCAAAGGAGAUACACAACGGAUAAAAGGUCUAAAGAUGUCCACCAAAAGAAACAAGUUCUCUUGGCUUCAGCUUCAUUGAUUUCUUUCCCUCGGUUGGGGAUGAUUGCAAUUAUAUAACAAACAGCACAUUUUGUAUAUGUUUCAUUCAGACUAGGAUGAAAGCUGACCGCUUUGUUCUGAACAAUCCUUCUAAUAUGCACUUACCCCUGUAAGAAAGAAAAUGUUGAGAAAGUGCUCUGGCUUCCAAAAUUUCUAUACAGGAAUUGAAAGACAUUUCUAUUCACACAAAGGACUGUCUUUGUGUGCUAUACCUUAAAGUGAGUCUGAUUGUAUGGCUUUAACUUGAUGCAGUAUGUGGCCAUGUGAAAACUUGCUUUUAAUGCAAACCAAGAUAAGGAAACCUCUUUUUUUCAGUCCUGGCUUAAAUAAAAAACAAAUCCAGACUACAA